AUGGACGACCAUGCGCUCGCCGUUGCAAGAGAUCACAAUGCCAGAGCGUCUAUCAAUCGCAAGCUCUCGAAUGAGAUCCUGUGCGAUAUCUUCCUUGCGCUUGCCCUUCUCGACAUACCGUCUCUGGAGCGCCCGCAGGGCUGGUUUCUUCAAGUGAAUGGCGUAUGUAGGCGCUGGCGCUAUGUUGCCGUAGGAUACGCCGAGUUAUGGGGCGCAAGCGCUGGAUCUUUCCCGUCCGAUGACAUGACCGAUCUCGCUAUCUCUCGCGCCCGCGGGUCUCUUCUACGCCUUGACGGACAUUUCGAAGACCAUUCAGGUCCCGGCUAUGUGCUCACCGAGUAUCAACUCUCGCUCAUUGAAAAACACCAUGACCGACUUCGUUCCCUGGUGCAUGAUGAUUACCUCGAAUGGCCUGAGCUAUUGUAUCGCUUGAAAUCCUUCCCCAAACUCGAGAUGGCCAGAAUAUGGGAUGACCCGGGGCCCAAUAGAUGGGAUGCCAGUGUGCCGAUCGAUGUUCCCCUUUUACGUGGACUCUACAUGAACAACGUUCUUGUUCCGUUCAGUGCGCCGGCGCUUCGCCAUCUACGUGUGGAUAUGGACAACCGCAAUUGGCGUGCCAGCGAAAAGCUGCUGGACCCCGAUGAAUCCUUGCCUAUCCUUGAAGGCUGUGAAGCGAUUCCGAGGGUGUUCCCUGCGCGCGAGUUCAUCGAGUUCUUAAAGCGGUCGCCUCUGUUGGAAAGGCUCAUCAUAACUGAUAUGCCCCUUCUGUGCGCGGAAGAUAUGCCGUCUGUCUUCGACUUCUAUGCCGAUCUCCCUCGAUUGCGCGUGCUGCAUCUGGGGGGAAAGUCCUUAGCGAUGGGAGAUUUCGUUCGGAGACUGAGAGUCGUACAGUCGGAUGUACAGAUCUUCAUCGACACCGAUGUCCUGGAACAUGGGAAAGACGAUUGUGAGCCGACGUUGGCGCAUGUGAUAGCAGAAUGGAUUCGCUUGCCCAUAUACGAUAGCCUGAGACUUAGCCGCACACCGUCAUACGACCUUCUUAUGCAGAUGUGGUCGUCAGAAGCGACCAAUACUGGUCCUCUAGACUACGCGGCAUCUCUCGGGGCAACAGACUCCCCAUCAGGGCCCGCCGUCUCAUUCAGAUUGCCCAGUCUCGCUCGCAAUGCUCUCCAACGUGACGCGUUCAAUCAUCCAUAUCUGCCAUUGGAGAAGUGGGAACUCAGUGGGGCAGCAAAUAACUGGCAGGGCGAGCGUUACAGGCGCAAUGUGGCGAGGAUCUUCUACGAACGAGCGAUGCGCAACUUGGGAUUGGACCGCCCGUUUCAUCGGGGGUCUUGGAGCAAGGGUGAAUCACUUACAUCGCCGUCCUGGGCACUGGAGUCAUUCUCGACGGUCAAGUACUUGGACUAUACCGAUGCUCCAAGUGACGGUGCCUACUCCGUACGGAGAGAGGGACAGCAGACCACAGACAUCGAGCAGAGUCACUUGGUCUUCCGCGCAUGUCACGCCACACAUAUAACGGUCAAUUGGUCGUACCUCGGUCCUUUGCCACCCCACCUUGUCGCAAGCCAUCAUUUCACGCCAGUGGUAGAGCAUGUGACACUUGUGAACUUUCCCUGCGCUGGGUUCUCUACCCAUAAACGAUAUGACGAAGAGACGAAUGCCGAGGCCUGGUCGAAACUACAGGCGUGUCUCAAAACCCGACACGAGUCAGGACAGCCACCGCUUGCACUGAGGCUGGCCGAAUCCGACUCUGAUAUGUCGAACAUGGCCCGCUCGUUUGAGCCAGAGUACGUGCAUACUCUCCGGGGUUCAUACAAAGACGCCGUUAGAGCCGUGACGCAGACGGGAUACAAAAGCGUUGCUCCGUACUUGAAGGGUUUCGAUGACCUGCGUAUCCAUACCUUAUAG